AUGGUCCCUCAGGAACAACAUCCUACCUGCCAUGGAGGACCCAACCCCGGUGAGACUUCCCCUAUUCACAGUUGUACCUGCCACCCGAGGGAACACAAUCCACACUUGACCCGUGACAUCAUCCUGGAAACUCCCGUACCCUCAUGCGCUAGGGAUGAAAAUAGAGCUGUGGUUCCGGAUUCCGCACCAGCGGUUUCGGAAAGUAAUCCUUCAAUCAACACUUCCUUGGUAUAUAGCACAUUAGCAAGCGCAAAUGGAAAUUUAAGCCCCACAUGUGAGGACUCGACUGUCAAUGCGAACAAACAGACGAGUUUCAGUUCGGAUAUUUGCAAUACCGCCACAGAAGAAGCAGUACUAGAUAUGGAUUAUCCUAUUCGAGGAACAAUUUCACCACUAACGAACAAGAUGGCCGUUAAAAGAUCUUUAGGGACUGUAGACGAAGUCUCUUUUGUUUUCGGACGACCAGUUUCUCCAACCAACGAACAUGACAUCAGAUGUAAUCCUCCGCAGUCUUUCACCAAUCCGGGCAUUGCACGAUGUAUGUCAGCGUCUCCGGCACGCUACAUCCCUGGAUAUUGCCUACAACGUCCAAUGUCUCCAAACAGUGAUGUUCUUCCGGUGAGACGAGGCAUUGUUCUUGGAGCUAGAAGGGUCCUGUCUCCUCCGCCAGUUCUGGGAGUAGGCGCAGCUGCUGAGCCCAGAAUGCACAACCAAGGAGGGAUUUGCUGUGAGCACUGCAAUGGUUGUCUUGUGGAGUUGAAGCGCCAGGCACUGAGACUUAUGUUUCCUGACAAUGAUUCCGGGAGUCACUUGGCCCAG